AUGGUAAAUCCCAGACAAUCUAAUCUGAUCUUGCCUAACCUGAUAUUACAGCGCCUGGCAUUGGUUGAGGGCACAGAAGCACGUGACCUGUGGACCAAGCUCCCCCCCCUCAUCACCAGCAUCUACCUCUUCAAUGUCACGAAUCCAGUCGACGUUCAAAAUGGAGCCAAGCCCAUUGUAGAGGAGAUUGGACCCUAUUGUUACCUGGCAUAUAAGGAAAAAGUGGACCUAGUAGAUGAUGAGGAGGACGACACAGUCUCCUAUACGGCAAAAUCGACCUGGUACAAACUGCCUGCCAGCCCUGAUGACUUCAAGAAGACGGGACCCGUGUGUCACCAGACACUUACUGGAAACGAGAUCAUUGUUCAGCCCAAUGCUUUCCUUAUGGCCAUCCUCCUGAAAGCCCGUAACGACUUCCCUGCCCCUUUGCUGAAUUUCGUAAACGCCGCCCUCCCGGGCAUCUGGGGGCGGCUGACCAACGUCUUCAUGACCGCCACCGCCUCCGAGCUCAUCUUCGACGGCAUCCUCAUCAAUUGCACGUCGACCGUCCUCCUGCCGAGGGUCAUCUGUAUUGCUGUAGAACAGAACUCAAAAGCGCUCGUGACGCUUGCUAAGAACUUGUAUCUCUUCUCGUUUUUCGGAGGUCAAAAUGGAACAUUAAACGAAUACCGUCUGACAGUGAAGAGAGGGAGGAGAGAUCUGCUGGAUGUUGGGAGAAUCACUCAAAUCAACGGGAAUACUGAGCUGCCUUUCUGGAAGGGAGAAUGCAACAAAAUAUACGGAACUGAUUCAACAAUAUUUCCACCGCACAGAAGACGAGACAAUUCCAGUUUCACAGCCUACAUUCCUGAACUUUGCAGAGUUGUGAAAGGUUCCUAUGUUGGGGAUACAAUGGUGAAUGGAAUCAAGGGACAAGAGUAUAUUGUAAGUCUUGGCAAAGGGGGUGAAGACCCCAUGACAAGCUGUUAUUGUUCCAGACCCAAAAAGUGCCCACCUGGAGCUGUGGACAUCACCCCUUGUUUGGGUGCACCACUCACUGCAACCUUCCCACAUUUCUUUGAUGCUCCAGAGUUCCAAAACGAUGUGAUUGGUCUAAAUCCAGACAGAGCCAAACACGCCACCUAUGGCAUAUUACAAGAGGCAAGUGGUGUUCCUCUGCGUGGAAGACGCCGAGUUCAAAUAAGUAUUGAGUUGAAAAAAAUUCCUUACGUCGGAGUCACCAGCAAACUGAAAGGGUACAUGUGUCCACUGCUAUGGAUUGAAGAGGCAUUCGACUUGGAGGGCGACCUUCUCAGCAUGGUGAAGUACCAGCUAGUUCUCGGUCUAACCGCUAUGAGCGCUGUGAAAUGGGGCCUUCUCAUCUUAGGAGCAGGACUCUCGAUUUUCGGAGGCGUCGGAAAAUUCAUGAACGGUCCCAACUGGAAGAAAAUGGGUCGAGAAAACUCCCCUCAAAACCCACCCGAUUUACCGACAGUAGAAGAUGGCAGCAACAAAAGAUACCGGAAUCUCCAAGACCCAAAGAUGGAGCAACAAUCUAGAUCUAUAAUGUUCUACAAAGAAAAGUUUAGGAAAGCAGAUUCCUCUAUCCAAACAGAACCGUUGUUUUUUGCUGUGGAGAACGGGAGAAACCUACAACCUCAGAAAGUUAAUAUUGAGGAUAGACCUACACAUAAAUUCGGACACGACCCUUCACAAACUAUAAUACCGUUGUAUAGUACUGAGGUUGAACCUGAUUAUCAAUCACAACCAAUACUAGACAACAAUCGAAAAGUGAUUAAAUCGAGGAUAGAUAGUCCUGGGAAUGAUGUAGAUCAGAGGUUCCCUCUACUCAAUAUUGUGAAUAACGAUGAGGUAUAUGGAUCUCAAGGUUCAAGACAAUAUAAAUCGGAUGGAAUGAACUACGAAGUCAGGAAUCAGGAGAUUAUGAGAGAAGGAAAACUAUGUAGAUCGAUUGUUGAGGACUACAAUCCCAAAAAUAAAGGAGCUAUGAGAGAGUCUAUGAGAGAAGGAAAAGUAUAUAAAUCGAAUGUUGAGGACUACAAUCCCAAAAAUAAAGGAGCUAUGAGAGAAGUGAGUCGAUAUGAGUCAAAUGAAAAUCAUGGUGGAGUGGAGGAUGAUUCUAAAUUGAAAUCAGAGAUUGCAAAGUUGAAUGCAAGAUUGAACGUGCUUGAGAGGAUGAAAGAGAAUUUGUCUAGAGUUCCAAGAGACCAACCCAGAGAGGACGGAGGAGAUGGGAGGUCGGAAAAGAAGGGUGAUAAAGAUAUAAAAGUAAGUGAGAGAGAUGAUUUUGGAGAAGAAAAUUCAAGACUGGAGAAAGAGGCUGAAGAAUUGGGGAUGGACAAGAGGAUUUUCGUCUCAAAUCAGGGUGGAUUUCUGGAUGGAGCACUGAAAGAUAGGAAUUUGAAACUUGAAGAAGAGGCUAGGAAGUUGAGAGUGGAGCUGAAUGUGUUGAGAGGUUUAAAAAAACGGACAAUUCCCCCUGAAAAACCGUAG